AUGCGGCUCUCUAAGGAUAGCUUGCGCUUUAGCGAUAAUAAGGCAAACUUCACUUAUGACAGUGAAGAAAACGAAUAUGUUGGCGAAGAAUACCAACGGCCACCCAAAACCUACGAUGACCGUGGCUUGCUGAACUUCCUUUUCAUUGGCUGGGCAAAAUCAUGGGUGAAGUACAUAUGUACUCAUUUUAUUACCCCGGAGACUGUGCACCGGCUCCCGAAGGCCGACCAGAUCUCGUACUGGCAGCCGAUCCUAUCGAAGCACAUCAGCGAUGGAUUGCUCAGGUUGGAGAAGGCUGAGUCGGAUGCCGUACUUAAUGGCAAUGUCUCAAAUAAGGAGAAGCCUCAUCGCAGCAUACUCCUUCGUGCAAUCCUGCUUACCUUCUGGCGGCGCAUAGUGCUGUCGCUACUGUUGAUGAUGGUCAUGAGCAUGUCCACCGUUGGAACCAUCGUCCUUUUGAAGCAUCUACUGAAAACAUUAUCUCAGAAGGACCAGGGUUGGGGGAACAUCGUCGCAGCGGUAUUAUCGAUAGUAGGUCUUGAGGUAUCGAGGACGUUCCUUGAUCAGCACGCGAACUUCUACUACAUGCGUCUGCAAAACGUCAUGGAAGUGGCAAUAUCGCUCAGUCUUUUCCAGCAUGGCUUAUGCCAUCGCAAGGACUAUACAAACUUGAUGCAGCGUCGAGGAGUUCGGGAGGGGUGCAAAGGUGCCGUCCAUUCGUGGCCACCGGUGGAUGACAAUUGUUGUGAAGAUCCCCUCAUAUGCCCGGCCCGGCGCCACAAAAACAACGAGCUCCCACCAAGCAUGUACACGUUUCUAUUUGUCGACACCUACUUCAUAAUAUCUCUCGUGGACGCAACCGUGAUGCUUAUGCGUUUCACGUGCAACAUGACUCUGGGUAUGAUGCUCAUAUACACUCAAACAGGUAUGAGCGUCCUAUGGCCAAUACUUGUUAUCGUGAGCAUCACAAUUCUAAUGGUGGUUGUGGAAGCUGUGAACGGGCUAAAUAUAUCUCAUGCACUCCAAUCGAAGGACGAACGCAUUUCAAAAAGUUCGGAAAUUAUCGGCUGUAUGAAAUUGUUGGAGAUGACGGGCAUCGAAGAUGUUGGGUAUGAGAUCAUCAAAAACAGCCGGGAUGAUGAGCUGUCGAUUAUGCGGGUGAUCGGCACUGUUGUCUACCUGGUUGUCAUCACUGAUUUCAUAAGGAAGUUGAAGACAGUUUCAAAUGACAGCAGCUUUGACAUAUCUGCGCCGAUUACCUUGCUUCACAUAGUGCAUACCAUUGUCGGUUCCUUCGACCAUCUACUCAAAAGUUUGAAGAUGGUUGUCGAGGGUGUGGCAUCCGUGCGCAGAGUGGAGAGAUUCAUUCGCGAGUGCUCCCCUAACUUCUACGCCACGAGGCCGGAGGCUCAUUCCGAUACACUGGAGAAUGAGUUGAAAGUGCAUGAUCCGAUAAGAGAUUCGACGAUGCCUAAUUACACAUUAGUGCUGUUCAAGAAUGCUUCUUUCAAUUGGAUUGCCAACAGGCAAGAUGCACUGAUUCCAAAGGAUUCCGAUUCAUUUGUACUUUCCGAUGUUACCUUCGAGCUUAAGCGUGGUGAGAUAAAGAUAAUUACGGGUAAUCAGGGUUGCGGUAAGACGAGCUUCAUCAAAGCGAUGCUGGGUGAGAUGAGUCUGGUGUCUGGAAGCAUGGCCGUGGCGCCACUGUCCACUGGGAUGCCCAUAUUCUACACAUCGCAGGAGGUGUGGCUGCCCAGCGGAAGCAUCCGUUCGAUCAUCACGUUUGGCUACGCCUUCGACGAGGACAUCUACAAGCGGGUGACUUCGGCGGUCGAACUCGAGUCUGACUUCGCCUCGUGGGAGGACGGUGACAUGCGUGUGAUCUCCGAGAAGGGAUAUUCCCUGAGUGGCGGUCAGCGUGUGAGGCUGAGUCUGGCGCGUGCACUCUACGCCUACCUGGUCUUCAGCAAGGCCAACGAACGCCUGGUCGGGGAUCGGUGUUGUUUCUUGGUCUGCCUGGACGAGCCUUUCAAUGGUUUGGACCCGACUGUCGCAGGCUCCAUAUUCAACAACCUCUUCAACAAGAACGCGGGGCUGCUGGUCGGGGACGACGUUGCCGUGGCCAUGGCGAUGUCACCCGUAACUAUUUCAAUAUGCACCUCACUCGACAUAUUGGAUGACCUGGCAGAAAUCCAUAUCCACAAUGUUACUGGAGCUCAGGUAACCAUAAUGGAUUUUAUGGGGAAGCAGCCACCAAGCGGAAUCAAGGUGCACGUGGCUGCAUCUGAAGACAAAGUGUCAGAGUUAGAGAACAAAGUUCCUUACAAUAGUUUUGCAACAUUAAGAAAGAGCCAUUUGAUGGAUUUAAAGCAAUAUGGUAUUGUGAAUCGUCUACAAACACUUAGAGACGAAGUGGACCUUGGUGCGCACGAUUUGCCAGGGGAGGUGGAGGUCCAGAACAAAAAAUGUCUAACAGGUCCUUCAUAUGGGACAUAUAUUUCUGCAAUGGGACUGUGGUACACUCUUGCAGUUUCAGUGCUAUUAACUGCAGGGGUUGCUGUCGAUAAGGCCUUCGGGGUUCUGGUGGCCCAUUGGUCAGACCUCGUUAAGAAGUUGGAGGGCCAGGAAGGCGAUACGAUAGUGAGGGCAAGUCAAAUAAUGAAUGAACACGAAGAGACCGCGCGAAAAAUGGGAAUACUGGCAUCGUUUUUCAUUAUUCUCAUCUUUGCGGGGAUGUUCACCGCCAUAUUCGCGAACAUUCGUGCGUCCAGGAGAAUCCACGAAUGCAUCAUGAAUUCUCUGUUUAACAAGUCCGCUGCGGAGGUCAAACUAAAGGGCUCGUUGGCAACUACAGUGACGUUCCUCUCGUCAGAUAUAUAUUACAUUGAUGAGCACAUUGGACGCUUCAUUGUUGCUACGUUUUUUACCUUCCUGAAUAUCUGUGUGCAGUUCGUCACCAUUUGCUACUCUGCGCCUAUUUUGUCCCCCAUACCAGUUGUGAUUAUUCUUUUCCUGUAUUUCUUUGUCGCUAAAUCGUAUCUCAUGGCUUCGAAGAAGUUGCAAUGGAUAAUGCUGGAAGGCAACAGUUCAAUAAAUGCAGUAUAUGGUGAUGUGAUAACUGGUUCUGAAAUAUACAGGAGCUUCCGCAGGGAGCAGCUGUGCGUGGACCAUGUCCGCAAUUAUUCGGAGAGUUUUUUCGCUAUAAAAUUUCUUAAAAUAGCCGUUACUUCGUGGGCUAUGUUGACAUGUAAGCUUUUCGUAUCUGUUAUGGUCUUAUGUGCUGCGUUGGUACCCGUUUUAUACGCAUAUAUAAGGGGGGUGGAGUUGAAGGUGGCUCAAGUGGGUUUAGGAAUUACGUAUUCUUUGGGCAUAAACGGCCUCCUUAACGCCUUCAUGUUUAACUUUUCCAUGCUAGAAAAGCAAAUGUGUUCCAUGGUUCGAUUUCGGGAAUAUUUCCUCCAGACCAGGAUUCGUUUGGUGGAUCGCGUUGACAAGAACAUCGAGAUGGUACCAGGGAGCUCAUCGCUGCACGAAGACGCCGACUAUAUGCAUAAGCAUUUGAUCGAGCUUACACAGCGUCGGAAAAAUGAGUUCCGACAAUGUAUGUUCAGGAGAUAUAGGUCAAUUGUGAGCACGUUAUUAUACCGCCCGAAGUUUGAGUUGCUGGACACCGGCGACUACUUCGCAGGAGAGCACACAGCCCUUGAACUGCAUAACGUCAAGGUGCCCGAACCCACCCAGGAAUUCAAUGCCAACAAGAAUUACAUUUUGAAGGCCAUAACGGCUAGCGCCCGUGCUGGAGAUGUGGUUGGUAUUGUGGGCCGCACAGGCGCCGGCAAGAGUACGCUGUUGAGUGUGCUGCAAAACAUAGCAGCGGGAAGGGAAGGUUCCGUGCUGCUUGACGGCCGGGAGCUAAACACUAUCCCACGCAAGGUGCUGCGUCACAUUAUCGGCGUGCUGCCGCAGAUGCCGUUCGUGUUCAAGGGUUGGACCCUACGUCGUUUCCUCGAUCCCCGUAUGUUGCACUCCGACGACGAGAUCAUGCACGCGUUGGAGUGCUGCGGCCUGAUGGAUCUCGUCCAGUCGCUGCCCGGGGCCAAUCCGCUGGACACUGUCCUAGUGCACGAGGACAUAACUGUGCAAAGGGGCUAUUACGUGAUCAUUCCCCUCAUACGCCUCAAGGGUGGACAGACUGUAACCACCUCCGACGACGCCGAGAGGGACGUGUCCACCGAUCGUCCGGAUGGCAACGUGACGUGCUUCUCGAUGAGCCAGCUACGUUUGUUAUCCUUUGCUCGUCUGGUGCUGUAUCGCAUGACUUAUCGCAUUCUGCUUAUAGACGAGCCGCCCUCCGACAACUGCGCAGGCCAGGACGGUGCGGACCAGGGCACUGCGAGCCCGUCUGGCGCGGAGUCACCGUCGGACGCGUCAGUGCCCAUCUACGACCUGGUGAAGAUGUUCUUCAGCCACUGCACGACGUUCAUCGUGGCGCACGACAAGAACGUGCUGCGGUCGUGCACGUCGGUGUGGGUGAUGCAGGGCGGCACGCUCGUCGAACGCUGCUCCACACAACAGUUCAUGGACAGGGGGAUGACCUUGACUGGCAGCACAGACGCCGAAACCGGCAGUCCUCGGCUCAUGUAG